ACGAGGAAAGAGAGAACGAUCAGAGACACUGAGGCUGAUCCGACGCAUCCUCAAUGAAGCACGUAGAGCCAUCGUACACUAAGGAGUGACAGACAGGACCUGAGUGAAAACUGCCUUGGGUUUAUUAGCACCAGCGAGCUUUAAAACCUCCAGAAACGUGCAUACUACACUUGUGAGGAGGCUUCUGUCGGCGCCAGGCGGGAGUUGCACUUUUCUUUCAGCCUCGACCCGCGUCCUCUCGGACCCGCACCGACGAGCUGCCAUGGGUGGCCUGUUGUACGGCUUCGUCACCGGCUUCUUCACCUACGAGACCACCAAGUCGGUGGUGGUCAAGAGCUGGUCCGUGGGCAUCAUCAACAGGAUCGUACAGCUGUUCAUCAUCGCGUAUUUUGUCGGGUGGGUCUUCAUCCAUGAGAAAGCUUAUCAGGUGACCGACACCGGCAUCGAGUCGGCCGUAAUGACCAAAGUGAAAGGCUCCGGUUACCAUCACAACCGUGUGAUGGAUGUGGCCGACUACGUCUUCCCUCCACAGGGUGAAGGGAUUUUCUGCAUUAUGACAAAGCUCAUCAUCACAGAAAAUCAGUUUCAGGGAAGAUGUGCAGAGAUGCUGCCUUGUAACUCAGAUGAAGACUGUGCCAAGGAGAUGGAAAGCAAGCGUGUCAGUGGGGUAAUAACUGGUGUUUGCCUUCCGUCCUCCAACGGGACAAAGGGACAUUGUGAGAUAGAAGGAUGGUGUCCGGUGGAGAACCGCAGUGUCAAAGUCGAACCAAUGCUGGAUGUGACAAACUUCACCAUCUUCAUCAAGAACAGCAUUCGCUUUCCACUCUUCAAUGUCACCCGUGGGAACAUUCCCUCCUCUGAGAAAGACAUGGGCUGUACCUACCAUCCGGUGUUGAACCCCUUCUGCCCCAUAUUCCGCGUGGGCGACGUGCUGAACUACACCGGGCAGGACGUGGACGACCUGGCGGACAAGGGUGGAGAAAUAGGAAUAAACAUCGAGUGGAAGUGCAACCUGGACCGACACAUUAAACACUGCAUGCCCAAGUACUCAUUCACACGACUGGACGCGCCCUUCACCAAUAGCAUCUCUAAGGGCUACAACUUCAGAUUUGCCAAAUAUUACAAAACAGACAACGGAACAGAGUUCAGGACUCUUCACAAAGUACACGCCAUCCGCUUUGAUGUCAUGGUCACCGGCAAUGCAGGAAAGUUCGACACAAUCCCAACUCUGAUCAACUUGGUCGCGGCCUUCACCUCAGUUGGACUGGCUUCGGUUCUAUGUGACGUCAUCCUGCUCAAUUUCAUGAAGGGAGCGGCGCAGUACAAGGCAAAGAAAUUCGAGGAGGUUUCCGAGGAGCAGAUAGAGGCUCAGCUAGAAGCGUCCCUCAGCCAGAGUCCAGGUAGCCAGCUGUCACUCAAAACACCUAUGAAGAGCUCCAAGGACUAUGACUCUGGGGCCCUGUCGCUGUCGGCCUCCGACCAGGCUCUCUGACCGCCAACACCUGCCAAGUGGACAUUCUUCACCUUCACAGGGAUUCAUGUCUUUUCUGGUUGUUGGCAGCCUGUCAUUUGAAUGUAACAGGGCAAAGAAAACCAGUCCCAGUUACACAUCUACACAGAGAAGAGAACGGUGGCUUCAUGUAUGUAACAGCUACUGGCAUCGAUCACACUCAGUCUCUGCUCCACUGAAACUAAGCUUAACUCUCCAGUUACUAAACCCACAUGCAAAACAAUAAAAAUGUUUUUAUAAACGUGAAGCAGUUUUACAAAAUCUCUCCUUCAAUAAGCUCCAAAUCCUAAAUAUCAAAACUAAAUCAAGCUUUUUCUACUUUCCACUUUGCUCCAAUAAGCCGUAAGGUGACAAGGGUUGAGAAUAAACUGUUCGAACAACAUUCUGGAGUAGUUUUCUUCAGCAUCAUGUUGACGACAGUUCUUUCUUUGUCUCCUGCAUAAAUAAAGACACUGAUUUGCCUUAAUGGGGUAAAACACAGCUAUUAAUAACGUGUUUGUUAGUGGGAUGAAUGUGUUUGUGACUUGAGGUUUGCAAAUGGGCCAUUAUUAGUCCACUUCUGGGCAAUGACGUGAACGUGGAGAUGUUACUGUACAGAUUAAUGGAUGAGUGCAGCCCCUCUUCUGGUUGGAUGACACAAUAUUACAUUAUGAUCCCUUUAUUGUGGUUGACGCCAAUAUCAGACGUUCAUGUAGCUGUCAUUGCCCCUUUGACACAAACACAUCCUCCACAUUGUCUGCACCCCUCCUUGCUUCCCUGCGUGCUGUAACCAGGACACUAAUACAGCAGCUAAAGAGCCUCCUAAUGGCUCUGACAACGAGUGACAGGGGGCGAUAGCUGUGAAGGGAGGAUGCAAUGAUUUAAUAAUACAAAUCAACAUAAGUGCAUGUAAUGGAGUACUAUUAUGUUGCUAGUUCACAGAUUGAACUAAUGGUUCAUUUGAAGCAUUUGAAGGAUGGAUUUGAUGUGUCCUGCCGAACGUCAACUGACAAUAGCACCUCUAACUAGAAGAACAAAUGAAUAUGGAUGACAUUUUAAUAUGUCACUAUUUUUUAAUUACAGGCGUGAAUUAAUUAAUGGUUAAAGCCAUACGGUAUGUGUUAUAAAUAUUUGACGUUUUAUCAACAGAAAUGUGCAACAGCAUUUAUCAUUGAUGGUCAAUGUCCAAAGAAAAGAGGGAAAACAGAAGUAAUAUGUGUUGUGGUUGAAAAUGAUCAUAUCCAACAACACCCAGAAUGCAUUGCACUCUGACGAAUCACCUGAGUUACAGUGACUGGACCUACCUGUCUUUUAGCUCCGCCCCCCCUCUCAGCCUGGCCGUUGC